GUAAUACCUUAUUUAGAAAAUUACUCAUCAGUGAUCAUUGAUCAAAUAUUCAUGGUCACUUGAUCAUGUUGAUAUGAUACCGAGGUAUAUAAAUAAAAGAUCAAAUAUAUGCAAAAUUAUUUGAAAAGAGUUCUUGUUGAAUUAAGGAAUAUGACCUCUUUGGUGGAUGCCAUUGUUGCUAAGUAUGGCCCAGGAGAUGACGAGUCCUUUGAUUUCAUAGCUGUUCCACGGAGAAGAAGGGAGUCUACUUCAAGCGAGAAUGAUGUCCUGAUCCUUCCACCUGCCUUGGUUUUAGACGAUGAGGGAAUAAAUAGCAUUGGUGAUAUAAAGAAGCUGAAAGAGAUGUGUGGCAGCAUUACAGAGCUGGAUCUAACAAAGAACUUAUUGACAGAUUGGAAAGAUAUACUGUGUUUGAUAGACUGUAUGCCGAGAAUUAAGUUUUUGAACCUGUGUGCUAAUUUUCUUGACAAUGAUUCCUGGCCAGAUGACAUGGACCUUGCAGCUUUCUCAGAACUACAGCAUCUUAUUCUGAACAACACUGGGGUUUCAUGGGACGUUACACAUAAUUUUCUAAGUCUGUGUCCAUCACUAACAGAAAUCCAUUUAAGUCUCAAUGAACAUGAAGACAUUUCACUACCAGAUCCUUUCCAAACAUAUCCAACUGUCAAAAAAAUCCACAUGUCAAAAAACAAAAUCAAAGACUGGUCUGUGUUACAUAAAGUUGGUAGACUCUUUCCAAAUGUGGAACAUUUUGUGAACAUUGAAUCAGAUCUAGAGAACCUCAGGUCUCAAAAUGAAGAGGAAAACAACAUGGAGGAAAUUUUUUCCAAAAUGAAGAGUCUGUCUCUUACCCAGACAAAGCUGCAUGACUGGAAGGACUUUGAAAUGCUUCGUCAGUGCCCGGCACUGGUGGAUCUAAAAGUUUUGGGCAUUCCAUUUCUGGAGGAAAUUGAAGAGAAGUCUCGACGACAGCAGUUGAUCUCCAGAUUACCCAACAUACAGUGUUUGAAUGGGACUCCGAUCUCAGAGUGUGAGAGAGAAGAUGCUGAAAGGGCCUUUAUCAGGUUAUACAUGAACAGUGAAGAUAAACCAGACAGGUACUAUGAGCUUGAGUCUGUGUAUGGGAGAUUGGACCCUCUGGCUGAAGUGGACAUGAGUGUGAAUACAACAUUAGACCUAGUUCUAGAGAUCCCCUUCCAAGAACGAGAGGAAAGGGUGGAAGUCAACACAACCCAAAAAGUCAAAGACUUAAUGAAGACUGUUUCUAACAUUGUGGGGAUACCUGCUUCAAAGUUUAGGUUGUGUUCCAGGGUCAUCUUUCAAGGACAGUUGCUUGAUAUGCAAAUCAUGUCAAAAUAUCCAAACAAAUAUUUGUGGACUUACAAGAUGACGCCGGAAGAUGUACUUGUGUGUGAACUUAAAAGUACCCCACCAGCAUCUAACGCUAGAAUUGUUUUUGCUGGAGAAAGUACAGUUGGAGAAAAGAUGAGUACAUGUACUUAGGGACUAAGGGAUAAUUGUGGAUAUUGCAGGGCUUUCAACCAUUGGAUUUAUAUCCAGUAGAGAUAAUUAAACUAAGAUCAAAAGCCAAUAAGAUUUUUUCUCAACCCAAAUCACAUUGAAAUUCUUUUCAGACUGCUUUAAUAUCAUGCUUUAAUUAAUGGGCCAUUUUGUACAUUGCAAUGUAUAAUGUGAGUAUUCAGAUAUAUACACUUUAAUUAUAUUAUUUUGAUUUUAAAUGAUUAUAAUUACCAGUAUUAUGUUUAUGUAAUUGUUCA